AGCGUGUUAUGACGCCGUCUCAUACCAACCUGGCUACUGGAAUUCCCAGUAGUAAAGUGAAAUACUCAAGGCUCUCCAGUACAGACGAUGGCUACAUUGACCUUCAGUUUAAGAAAAAAAAGAAAAGCCCUCCUAAGAUUUCAUAUAAGGCCAUUGCGCUUGCUACGGUGCUGUUUUUGAUUGGCACUUUUCUCAUUAUGAUAAGCUCCCUCCUUCUGGCAGGCUAUAUCAGCAAAGGGGAGGCAGACCGGGCCGUUCCCGUCCUGAUCAUUGGCAACCUGGUGUUCCUGCCAGGAUUUGACCACCUGUGCAUCGCCUACUAUGCAUCCAAAAGCUACCGGGGUUACUCCUACGAUGACAUUCCAGACUUUGAUGACUAGCACACACCUC